AUGCGCACGCCGUGUGCGACAUCGGAACGGGUUGCUGUCCCAGUUACGAAGAACAAAGUGCUACACCACGCCCACAUUCACAUGUUCACAUACGUAAAGACAAGGAAUAGACAGAUUUCCCAUCAAGAGGCGGUAAGUACAGACAUAUUUUUUUCGGACUUUCUACCAAGCACUCAAGGUAUCGUGGUUACUCGAAAGCAGGGCGGUGUCGAGGUGUUACACCCGCACCACCAUCAAUAUACUGGAACAGCAGGCAAAACCUCCCCCACGACACCGACAACAGCAGCACCACAACUUAACCUCCUUAACGCUACCGUCUCCAUCAUAACUGCCACCACUAUCAUUCCCCUCUCCCUAGUUCUCACCCCGGCAGCUGCUGCUAUCAUCAACACCGCCGUGGUGGUUAUCCCACGCCGAAAAGGUAACAAGAGCAACGCCCGCCUCCUCCGAGGGCGUCUGUGGCAUUUCCCCCCUUUCCUCUCAAAUCAACAGCACUAG